AUGAUUGGACAGGCCGUUGGCCCGGUUAUUGGUGGCCUUCUCAACAGCAAAUGGGGAUUUAGAAGCAUUUUCUGGCUCCUCUUUGUCCAGAGCAUUAUCGUCCUAGUGUUAUUACUGGUGUUCUUACCGGAAACUCAGCGGCAGUUAGCAGGAAACGGCAGCAUUCCUCUCCGUGGAUUCCAUAAACCGUGGUUGUACUACCUGCGGCCACCUAAAUCAUGGGCCACGACCAAGAGCAGCGAACCUCCAGCAUCCAAAAUUCCACGCAUAUCACUCAAAAGCACACUUGUUCCGUUGACGUAUGUCUUCCAAAAAGACAUCUUCGUCCUCCUUGCCUGGGGUUCUCUUAUUUAUACACUCUGGAGCAUGGUAACAUCCUCAACCACUACCGUUCUCCUGCACUCAUUCCCUAGUCUUACACAGUGGCAAAUUGGUCUCUGCUUCCUUCCAAACGGAGCCGGAUGUGUACUUGGCUCUCUAUUUACUGGACGGCUGCUAGACCGAACUUUCAAGCGAAUCCAGUCCGAAUACAAGAUAAAGCAUGGCUUGCCAGACUCAGUGAACAUAAAAAACAUACCAGACUUCCCUAUUGAACGCACCCGGCUUCAAUUUAUGCCCUAUUUCAGUUUAUCUUUCAUCAUAUGUGUCGCUCUCUACGGACCUAGUUUCGAGCUGAAUGAUUUGAGGAGGUAUUUCGCUGCUAACCUGGUGGCCUCAUUGGGUCUCCAAUUCAUGAUUGCUUUCACAUCAACUGCCAUUUUUAACAUCAACUCGACCAUGUUGGUGGACUGCUUCCCCAACGGCUCAGCCAGUGCAACAGCAACUAACAACCUUGUUCGAUGUCUUGUGGGUGCAGCUGGAGUGAGUGUGAUUCAACCCUUGAUAGCGGCUGUGAGAGUAAGGAAUGCCUUCCUGAUAUUGACUGGUGUUGUCGUGCUGUUUUUACCGCUGGUAUGGGUCCAAUGGCAAUACUGCGGGAAAUGGAGGCAGGAGAGGGUGCGAAGAGAAAGUGAAAAGUCCAGAACAGUUGAAAAAUAA